AUGUCGCUGCACGCCGACCUACUCGGCGACCCCGUCGCGCGCAUCCGCCACUCGCCGCACUACCUCAUGCUGGUCGCUGAGACGUCCGGGCCGGGCCGCCGGAUCGUCGGCCUCAUCCGGCGAACCGUCAAGUCCGUCGCCUCCGCCAAGAGCCGCCCUGGCGCACCGGCCUUGGCCAAAGUCGGCUACAUCCUAGGCCUCCGCGUCGCGGCCUCCCACAGGCGGAUGGGCGUCGCGCUGCAGCUGGUGCGUCAGCUGGAGAAGUGGUUCGAGCUCAUGAGCGCCGAGUACGCGUACAUGGCUACCGACAGGUCCAACGAGGCGUCGCUGCUGCACUCGCACCGGCUCAAGGCGCCGCGCCGCGCCACGGCCGUUCGCCUCGGCGCCCGCGACGCCGAGCGGCUGUACCGCAGCCGGUUCGUCGCGCACGUCGAGUUCUUCCCCGCGGACAUCGGCCACGUCCUGGACAACGCGCUCUCCCGCGGCACGUUCCUGGCGAUUGUCGAGUGGGGCGGUGACGUCAACCGCUUCCUGGCGUCCCCGCCGGAGUCAUGGGCCGUGGCGAGCGCGUGGGACUGCGGCGGCGUGUUCCGCCUCGUGGUGAGCGGCGCGUCGCGCCUGCGCCGCGGCGCCGCCGCCGCCAGCCGCGCGCUGGACCGCGUCGCCAAGUGGCUGCGCGUGCCGUCCGUGCCCAACCUGUUCCGCCCGUUCGCCGGGAGCGGAGGACGCGACGCCGCGCUGGCCGCGGAGGCGGUGUUCGCGUCCAUCGUCAGCAUGGCGCGCGGCAGGGCGGCAGCCGUGGCAGUGGAGGUGGAGGCCAUGGACACCGAGGACGUGUGGUGCAUGAAACGGCUCGGCGGCGGCCACGCGGACGGCUGGGACUGGGCCAGGUCGGCCUCUGCAGCUCGCUCCAUCUUCGUGGACCCCAGGGAGGUGUGA